GGGAAGAGAGAAAGAGACAGAAAGGGAGAGAGAAAGAGGAGAGAAAGAAAAAAAGAAAAGAAAACAGAAGCGCCGCUGUUACACCUCGGUUCGUGCGACAUUAUUAUUUUCACGCGGGUUUUGGCGUCCGCGUAUCCCCCGUGUCGCCGGGCACUCCGGUUUGUUUUUCCUUUCUUUUUUCCGUUGCGUUACAGGACUAGCAGGUAGGCACCGCGCAACACCCGAAAUCCACCUCCGGGGUCGAACACGCUCGAUCGCCGUUGUCGUUGUCGUCGUCUCGUUGAACCGGCUGCGAAGGGACUCCGCAAUCAUGGCUAGUGUCUCCUAUCAAAUAGCGAAUCUGCUGGAGAAGAUGACGUCCAGCGACAAGGACUUCAGAUUUAUGGCAACUAACGAUUUGAUGAGCGAGUUGCAAAAGGACAGCAUCAAGCUGGAUGAUGAUUCUGAGCGCAAAGUUGUAAAAAUGCUUCUUAAGUUAUUGGAGGACAAGAACGGAGAAGUACAAAAUCUUGCCGUCAAAUGCUUGGGCCCAUUAGUCAACAAAGUAAAAGACUACCAAGUCGAAACCAUUGUGGAUGCUUUAUGUAGCAAUAUGGUGUCAGACAAGGAACAGCUGCGCGAUAUCUCGAGCAUUGGCUUGAAGACUGUUAUUUCCGAGCUUCCUGUGGGUUGUAGUGCGUUAGUUGCAAACGUCUGUAGACGUGUUACAAACAAGUUAAGCAGCGCUAUUGAAAAGCAAGAAGAUGUAUCCGUACAAUUAGAAGCUCUCGAUAUUGUAGCCGACUUAUUGUCUCGAUUUGGCACCUUGCUAGUCACAUUUCACCCUACAAUUCUGACUGCAUUAUUGCCGCAACUCUCCUCGCCGCGACAAGCGGUCCGUAAACGCACUAUAGUAGCGCUGAGUCACCUGUUGACGUCCAGCAACAAUUAUUUAUACAACAAAUUGCUGGAUCAUCUUCUCGAGGGUCUUCAAACUCAAACGACGAAGAACGUUAUACGUACCUAUAUCCAGUGCAUUGCUUCUAUCUGCCGGCAAGCGGGCCAUAGAUUCGGCGAGCAAAUAGAGCGCGUUAUGCCGUUGAUCGUUCAAUACAGUAACGAGGACGACGAUGAAUUGAGAGAAUACUGUUUGCAGGCAUUUGAAUCUUUUGUUUAUAGAUGUCCGAAAGAAAUUACGCCGCACAUAAAUAAGAUUAUAGAGAUCUGCCUAAUGUAUAUUACAUACGAUCCAAACUAUAAUUACGACGAUGAUGUCAACGAGUUCUCUGAUGGAGAAGGUGCCGCAAUGGACGUAGAAGAAGACGGAGAUGAAGAUGCGGAGGAUGAAUAUUCCGAUGACGAUGAUAUGAGUUGGAAAGUUCGUAGAGCAGCUGCAAAGUGUCUGGAAGCGGUUGUAUCCAGUAGAAGAGAGUUAUUAUCAGACCUUUAUAAGGGGGUUUCUCCUGCAUUAAUUGCCAGGUUUAAAGAAAGAGAAGAAAAUGUUAAAUCAGACAUCUUUCAUGCAUAUAUCGCUUUAUUGAAACAAACGAGGCCGGCUACUGGCGUGGCGCUCGAUCCUGACGCGAUGGACGAUGACGACGGGCCCACUUCGUUGUUGCAACAACAAGUACCGCUAAUAGUGAAGGCAGUUCAUCGUCAGAUGAAGGAAAAGAGUAUCAAAACGAGACAGGAUUGCUUCUCUUUGCUGAAAGAACUGGUGCUCGUUCUGCCUGGAGCUUUAACUAAUCAUAUUCCAGCACUGAUCCCCGGUAUACAAUAUUCCCUAGGAGAUAAGAAUUCUUCCUCGAAUAUGAAAAUCGACACUUUAGCUUUCGUGCAUACGCUAUUGGUGACGCAUCAACCCGAAGCGUUCCACGUUCACAUGCCCGUUUUGGCACCUCCGAUUAUACUAGCAGUGGGAGAUUCGUUCUACAAGAUCGCUGCCGAAGCGUUGCUCGUGUUACAGCAACUUGUACAAGUUAUCAGACCUCACGAGAAACCAUUCUAUCGCGGUUUUACUUCAUUGUCCAACGAAAUAUAUCAAUGCACCUUGAUGAGGCUCAAAACGGCGGAUAUCGAUCAAGAGGUGAAGGAAAGAGCUAUAUCUUGCAUGGGACAAAUCCUUGCACACUUUGGAGAUACUCUGUCAGACAAGCUACACGUAUGCCUACCUAUUUUCCUAGAUAGGUUGCGCAACGAGAUAACAAGGCUUACUACUGUUAAGGCUCUAACUUGCAUAGCCGCGUCUCCUCUGAGAGUCGAUCUGAAACCGAUUAUGGAAGAAGCAAUACCCAUUCUUGGGUCUUUCUUGAGGAAAAAUCAACGAGCUUUGAAACUUGCUUCUCUUCCUCUUCUGGAUACAUUAGUACGCAAUUAUAGCUCGGCUCUGCAUCCAGAUUUACUUGAUAAGGUUACUGCGGAGUUACCUGCAUUACUAAACGAGUCAGAUCUGCACAUUGCGCAAUUAACGUUGAAUCUUCUCACUACCAUAGCGAAGCUACAUCCCACUGCCCUGACCAGGGUUUCCGAACAUAUCUUGCCUGAAAUACUCAUUUUGGUAAAGUCGCCGCUUCUUCAAGGUGUCGCAUUAAAUUCAAUGCUUGAGUUUUUCCAAGCCUUAGUUCAAGCGAAUUUGCCAGAUCUGGGAUAUAGAGAUCUUCUCGCGAUGUUACUAGUUCCGGUUACUUCAUCCCUACUUCAUAAGCAAGCUUAUCACUCGUUGGCUAAGUGUGCAGCCGCCCUGACAAUCACUUGGCACGAUGAAGCGCAGUGCAUUGUACAACAAUUGCUGAAAGACGUUCAAAAUCCAACGGAUAUUCAGAACGUUGCGCAACACAUAUUCGCCUUGCUGGUCAUUGGAGAGAUAGGAAGACACGUAGAUUUAAGCGGAAUUAAUUCAUUGAAACACACGAUUCUAAAUUCAUUCUCAUCUCACUCGGAAGAAGUUAAGUCCGCGGCCAGUUAUACGUUGGGAAAUAUCGCAAUUGGAAAUCUUCCUGAGUAUCUACCUUUCAUACUUCAGGAGAUUGAGGCGCAGCCCAAACGUCAAUAUCUGCUUUUGCAUUCGUUGAAGGAGAUCAUUACAAGUCAAUCAGCCAGUCCAUCUGGCGUGUCAAACUUGCAGAAUUUCGUGCCUUCGAUCUGGAUGCUCUUGUACAGGCAUUGCGAAUGCACGGAAGAAGGUACUCGUAACGUCGUGGCCGAAUGUCUCGGUAAACUGACGUUAAUUGAUCCCGCUACUCUGUUACCAAGACUGCAAGAAUCGCUCAAGUCACCAUCAGCUCUUAUGAGAACAACGACAGUCACCGCAGUUAAAUUUACCAUUUCCGAUCAGCCACAACCAAUAGAUGCCAUGUUGAAGCAAUGUAUGGGUAAUUUCUUAGUCGCUUUAGAGGAUCCUGAUCUUAACGUGCGUAGGGUAGCACUAGUCGCAUUUAAUUCUGCUGCGCACAAUAAGCCUAUGCUGAUACGGGAUCUCUUAGACGUAGUGCUGCCGCAUCUUUACGCGGAAACUAAGAUCAAGAAAGAACUAAUCAGAGAGGUCGAGAUGGGUCCUUUCAAACACACGGUAGACGACGGAUUGGACCUUCGUAAAGCAGCAUUCGAAUGUAUGUACACCUUGCUGGAUUCGUGUCUCGAUAGGCUGGACGUCUUUGAAUUUCUAAAUCAUGUGGAGAACGGUCUUAGGGACCAUUAUGACAUCAAGAUGCUGACUUAUCUCAUGACCGCGCGACUCGCGCAAUUGUGCCCGACUGCAGUCUUGCAAAGGUUGGAGCGAUUAGUCGAGCCGCUGAAAAGUACUUGCACGAUGAAAGUAAAAGCGAACUCAGUGAAGCAGGAGUAUGAGAAGCAAGACGAAUUGAAACGCUCUGCGUUGAGAGCCGUUGCAGCAUUGUUAACUAUUCCUGAUGCAGAUAAAAAUCCAUCGUUGAGCGAAUUUGUGGGACAGAUUAAGGCCACGCCGGAACUGUUGCCGCUCUUUGAGAUAAUACAAAAGGACUGUACCGGCAAUAACAUGAACGAAGCAAACGCAAUGGAUCAGAGCUAAGAAUAAUUGACUUAAUUCUUUUUUGUAUUUCGUAUAGAUGAACGUGGGUUAAGCGCAUUCGUGAUCAUACUCUAUCCAUAGUUUAUUUCUAUACAUUAUUUUUUCAUUAUUAUAUCUUCGAUUUGAAGGUAGUUUCUAAUGAAUGUGAGUUAAUGUAGCACAUCAUGUAUAAAUUUUAAAAUAAAUUUGCCGGCAAUAAUCA